AUGCCAGGUUUAAGCAAACUCUGUUUACUCUAUUUAUAUUGUUUUAAUGAAUAUCUGAAGUUGGUUUUGGCAUUUACGCCUACAAACACAGUAUGGGGGCAUAAUGCUGCCCUUGUUGGCUCUAAAAUAUACUAUACAGGUGGUGUGAUUCCAAAUGGAACGAUUUGGAAGGAUGUUAAAGAUUUUGGUAACACACCAAAUCAAUAUGCCACACAAUCUAAAGAAUUUUAUUAUCUAGAUGUAUCAGUUCCUUUUAAAAUAAACGAAGCUAUAACAUCUUGGGUAGAUCUUAGUUCAGUGUCAAUUAUUCCAUCACAUUCCUGGAGUGCAUUUUCGCUUUGCGGAUCCGAAAAUAGUACUUUGGUAAUGUUUGGUGGCGAUUUUGGGAAAACAACUCCUGCAAACUUGGUUUUUACUUACAAUGCAAAAACACUACAAUGGAGCAAUCCAGUAACCCCUGGUCAACCUCCAAAUAAACAUACACGUUCGGUUUGUGACUUUAAAACCGGAAAAAUGUAUAUGUUUUCUGGAACUCUUAACACAGUAAAUGCUUCCAUGGAUAUUUUUGAUACAAAAUCACUAGCGUGGGGAGUUGGCAUCUACAUAGGCGGUGUAGAUUCUCAUGGUCCGAUACCUUUAUAUAACAUCAAUGAUAACACCUGGUCUUCAAUGACUACCACGGGUUAUCUGCCUACACCUCGAGGACAUCAUUCAUCUGUUUUAACGAAAGACGGUCGUAUUAUUGUAUAUGGAGGUUAUAUUUAUCGAGGUACAUUGGUUCCAGUUACGGACGAUCUUGUAGUGUUAGAUACAGAAGGAUCUGUUUUUACUUGGUCAAAGGCAAAUGUUUCUACUCUUUCACCGCCUUCACGUUGCUACCAUUCGGCUACUAUGGUUGAUCAUUAUAUGAUCGUGGCAUUUGGAAGAAAUGAUCUUUAUCUACCAUCAUUGACAAUGAAUGAAUGA